CGUUGUCUCAUAGUGGUAUCAUCGUCUCGUGCGUUUGAUUCCCGACCAAGUCAAACGUAAAACACAGUCAUCGAUCAAUCCAUCCAUCCAAGUGUUUUUGUGACUAAUAUACUUAGUUUUAUCAGGGCAUGAACUAAUAUAUGUGUAUGUUUGAACUUGUUGCGUAGGAAAAGGUAAACGCUUUUAUUCAUUCAUAAUUUACCUAUAAAUAGUGCACACCGGUAAAAGCGUAGGAAGAAAGUUUAUAAUAUUAAAAGCCCGAGUAUCGUUUGAAAUUUAUCAGUCGAAUAUUUUUUUGAAGUGAAGAUAACGUAAAAUAUUGCAAACAUGUCUCACGGAAGGGAAGAUAUGAAACAACUUUUCCAAUCAAUUGAUACUAGUGGUGAAGGCAAGGUACAGGUGUCAGAACUGAAGGCCGGAAUAAAAAGAGAAUUUUGCCAGGACCUGAACGACGCAGCAGUAAUCAAUAUGUUCAUGGGUCUAGAUAUGGAUGGCGACAAUCUGAUUUCAGAAGACGAAUUUCUUACACAGAUGUGCGACAAAAUUGAUAGAAAACUUGCCUUCACAGAGAAAUUUAAACAGAUGGAUGCCGAUGGAAAUGGAUGUUUAUCAAGGGACGAAAUAAAGGAAGCUUUACAAGAAAUCUAUCAAGGUGACGAAGCUGGUAUCGAGACAAUGUGUGAACAAUGUGACAGUAACAAUGAUGGAAAAAUAUCAUGUGAAGAAUUCCUUAGACAUAUGAAGACUUUGUUAAAAAUGUCUCAUAGCGUAGAAGAUAUGACUGCACUUUAUGAUGAAUACGACAAAAAUGGAGAUGGAAAAGUUUCUGUUCAUGAAUUGAAAGCUGGAAUAAAAGCCAAAUUUUGUGCAGAUGUUGACGACAAAAAAGUAGUGGCUGUAUUCCAAGGUUUAGACAUGGAUGGUGAUAACUGUAUAACAAAAAGUGAAUUUCUUGAUCAGAUGUGUAGUAAAAUUUCCCGGAGAGUUGGAUUCAGUAAGCAGUUCCAACAGCUAGAUAAAGAUAACAGUGGAUACCUCACACUAGAGGAGGUUAAACCAUUGUUACAAAAAAAUUACGACGAUGGAAAAAUUGAACAAAUGUUCAAGGAUGUUGAUGCAGAUAGCAAUGGCAAAGUCUCAUGUGAAGAAUUCCUUAAACUUAUGUAACUUUUGUUUGAACAAUAUGACAUUUUUACACAUAUAGUUAUUUCAUGUUUGAACAAUAUGACUUUUUUACACAUAUUUUUAUUUCAUCUUGCCAUAUCAGAUGUCUUUGUUACUUUUCGAAAUAUAAUUGUUUCUUUUACUAAGUAUUAUCGAAAGAUUAUCCUCGGUAGAUAACAGUGGACGAUUAAUUUAGACUUGUUUGAUACACUUUUCCUAAAUUUUUAUAGUAUGUCUGACUUUAGGUAGCUUGCUGUAAUGAUAUUAACUUUGACUAUACGAUGAAUUUACCUGUUAAAUUUGAAGAAAACAAAAAUGAUUUGCAAUGUUGAUUUCAACUACAAAUAAAUAUUAAGAUUUUUCCAUUGUGAUAAAUACUCAAAAAUACCUUCUGAAUCAAUGCAAUAUUAGCUUUUAUAGUAUUCACAGUUUACAUUACAUUAUAUUAUAUAUAUUACAUUUUAUUAAACUAACAAAAUAUCGAA